AUGAAAUAUUUAAAAUGGGUUCUUCCAGGUUCAGAUUUAUGGUUUCCUUUUAUUGUUACUAAGGAAAAUGGAGGUCGUGCAUCUGCUGGUAGUUGACGUUGAAGUUUAUCUGUCUAUUUUCUGAUAUCUGUCUUCCGUUUUACAGGUGGACGCAUUUCCUUUUGCAUAUCCUCUAGCCUGAAAGAGUUAUCUUAUAUGAUUUCUGUGGGAAAUUUUUUUAUGAGGAAGACUUCUUCCCCCCUCACUACAAUAAAAGUACUGUUAUAAAUAUUUUCCUUGUGCCAAGUAGGCAAUGUAGGAAUUGGAGGAAGUGAAACUGGUUUGCCCAAAUCGUCAGUAGAUGUGAACUGCUUUCCCCAGAUAUAGAAAAGCAUUUCCUUAUAUUUUAGUAGAAAAGCAUUUCCAAUGUAGAAAAGCAUUACCUCUUAAGAUUGAUUUAUUAUAGCUAGAUAGAUUCUAACUUGCAUUUUAAAAAAGAAAGAUUCUCUAGUACCUUGAGUUACUUACAUUACAGCUUAGCUUGUCAGAGUAUUCUCUUGUUGUUGAGGUUUUAUACUUGGAAUUUCAAACUUCACCAUUAUAGAGUACAUGAACCUUUUGUGAUGUCAUACCUUCAAUCCCGAUGUUAGAUGCAAUAUUGAAAGUUUUUUUCCUCAUACUCUUAUUUCUCCUGUCUUCAAUGCUGGUUAUGAGUUUUAUGAAUGAUGAAUCACUCUUUAUGGACAGUUUCUUAUAUUUCUUUUCACAAAUUUUCUUAACACUUUGUUUUGUUUUUCUAUUCCAUGCCUCUCUUAGUAUUAUUUAGAGAGGGAACUCACGCAAUGUGAUUCUGACUUCUUUUCAUUUCUUGUGUUAAUAUAGGCAGCGGCCUUUGCAGAUAAUUCAUGUCAUUGGCAUAUUUUUGAGAAUAUGGUCAAUUUACUCUCUGUAUCGCUAUCUCUCAAGUUCAGAGGUCUCAGUGGUCGUUUUUCUGUGUGGUUCUUUGGUUCCAGCAUCUAUCAUCUUUUUGGCAUUGCAGAAACCUUGGAAAGGAAGAUCCAUGCCUAAUUCACAGGUUAACGUACAUCCUUGAUUAUUCCUUUAUUAUUUUGAAGAGAAAACUAUCAAACGUGGCAUAUUACAAUUCUUUUACGAUCCAGAUUAUUCACAAUCUUCAACGUCAUAUUUAUUUUGAUGGGCUUUAGUGUUUCAGGUCGUACCAUCUAUUAUCAAUGGAGGGAUAACGGCAUUAUACUUUGUCUUAUGGGGAAAAGGGCUCAAAACAUGCGGACCUUUGAUGUGAGUUUGAUCAAUUUUGCAAUCAUUUUCAAUUACUUUUCUCUGCAGUUAUUUGAUAAGUAUCUAAAACUCUACGUCGCCCUAAUGGCAAUAUUUUCAUAUUUUUUUGUCUUUUUUUAUUUUUAUAUAGCAACUGAACGCUUAAGCCUCUGCCAUAUUUCUCUUUUCUCGUCGGAUUGAUGUGCACAUACUAAAGCCAUGUAAGACUCUAUGAACAUAUCCAUUCUAAAAUGAUGAGUUAUUUUUGGCAUUCCAUUUUGGUCUCGCGUAUAAUUUCUCUAUGCAUAUGCUUGAUUCCCAGCUAAUCUUUAUCAUUUUCAUUGUUUUCAAAAACGUGGAGUGAGAGAGUGUCUGGGUAAUUCAGAAAAUUAAUGAAGGUUCUUCAUCUGGUUUUCGUUUGAGAAAGUGUGUAGUAGGAUCAAGGACCAAGAUAGAGACUUGUGAUCUUAAUUCUUUAUUUUAUUUUAACAUUUUGUAAAAGGUAGGCUUCACCAGAUUUUGUUUCUGCUGCUGUAACCCAACAAUAGCAUGAAUGGUCGAGCUCCUUGUUAAUGGAAAUUAGAGGAACGAUUCAUGUGGUUGAAGCGGACUGCUGAAGUGGCUUCCUAAAACAAGAGGCUUAAUUAGUCCACACCCAAAAAUUAAGUUGGCGCGACUUUCCAUUGCUGUUUUGAUUAUGAUUGCUUUCUAAAAAAUAUGGUUGUCACUCAAGGCGAGAGAAAAACCGUAACCAGCAAGUGUUGACUCAUACUAAUAAGUGUUCUUGUCAGAUCCAACUUGUGGAAUGAGUAAGGUGGAUUGGAUGGCGCCACAGCCAGUUUUGCAUAUUCUCCAGUUCUCUACGAAAUAUUUUCCCAAUUUUUUAAGAGAAACAUUUAAGGACGCAGAAAGUUCUUGACAUUGUACGCCUAUUCUAUAAAGUAGUUGUGUUUGUUUUAUAAUCCAAGCUUUUAAAUUACAUAUCUGUAUGCUAACAUUCUCUUGAUUAGUGUAUUUUUAAUUACAUCAAUCUACCUAGAUUGAUGUUUCGGGUCAAUCUAGGUAGAUUGAUGUACCAUAUCUGUUUAUUUCGGGUCAAUCUAGGUAGAUUGAUGUACCAUAUCUGUUUGUUUCGGGUCAAUCUACCUAGAUCUGGGAUUUGGGGCGAAAGUUUGCUUGGUUUAUGUUUAAAUUUUCUCUUUGUUUUGUUAGCAUGCAUCGGUGAAGAUGAAAAAUUGUUGAUAGAGAGAUGUCAUGAUGCACGCUUUGAGAGGAUCCAUAGCGGUAAUUUUUUUAAUCUUUAAUUGAUUUGACAUUAGUCUAAAGCCUAUUGUAGAGGCUUCCCCCUUGCCAGAUACGCUGUUCAUUCUCUACGGAAUUGAUGGCUGACAAUUUGAAUGAUUGUUGAAAAAGGUUCUAAGUGCCUGGACUCAACUUAAGCUUACAUAUAAACCUAGUUGUUGGCUAGCUGUUUCACUUUAGAUUGUUCAUAAAUAAGAGAGAGAGGUGGACAUUUCUCGUACUGAUUUUUACAUCUAAUACAAAGCAAGGCAUUAUAAUUCUCAACUGCUUUCUAAAUCAAUGAUGAAUGGAUGUAGGCUUCAGUAUUAAGAUGACUGCGUUGGUCUUUCUGAACUUAAAACAUGAAGUACCUGUUGGGAAUAUACGCUUGUAAUUGAUUCAGUUUCUUAUUGAAUCUUCAGAGCUGUUCUAGCUGAAUAUUCUGGUGCUACACUAGGAGUCUUAUCUGCGGUAUUGUAUGGAUGGAAAAGCCAAAUAUGGAGAAAGGUGAUUUUGUGCUCUGUUUUUUAGUGUUCUUCUCUUGAAAUUUAUUCAUUUUGAGACAUUUUUUUGCCAUCAGGUUUCUUUUUAAACUCUUGAAGUACUGCUCGAGUUGUAAAUAUCUCUUCGAGUUGUAAAUACUGCUCAAGGUUUUGUGUUUAUUAACAUAGGCCCAGCCAUCAAAAUUAUUUCCUGAGGCAACAAUGACACAAUAAUUGAUCUGCCCUAGUUUCAUGAAAAUCAAGUCCUAAUCGAGACAUUGUUGCAUUCAUAAUGUGAUGAUUACAACCAGAGGAAACAGAAGAAGCUGUCUUGUGGAUGAAAGUGUACCUUAACAUGUAAUUAACCAGUUUCAAAGCAGUUACCUUGUCCUCCUGGCCUGGUUCAAGUUAAUUUCUAUAAACUUUAGGUUUUCUAUGAAAUUGUUGUCUUUCAAACUUCCUCUGCGGUUAUUUUUCUCAAACUUCUUUCAUUACCGAUAUUAAACUAUAUUACGGAUUAUGCCACUAGGUAGUCUACUAUUUGAAGGGAUUAUAUCAUUGUGGUAUCCAUUUGAAGAGAGAAAUCCGUAUUCCAUUUCCCUGUAUGUCCUGCUUAGUCUUUCUUGUUCUUUUUGAGUGAAUAGCUCAAUGGAGGUUGAUCUUAGGUUCUUUAUUGCAGAAGCGAGUUGCACUUUCAUCUUUCAACAUGUCGCCAAAAUUUUGGAGACAUUGGGGAAAGCCCAAAAUUACAAUCUUUCCCCAAAUUUACGUAUUAUUUUCCAUCAAGACAUUAAACGCUCUGUUGUGACCUGCCCAUCUAUGUUCUACUCCAGAAUACACCCAUCUAUACAGCCUAUGUUACCCAAGCGGUCAAGCUUUAUGGCUUGAUUCCUGUGAGUUCAUGUAGAAACAAAUAAGCUCAUUGCAAAGCUUGUGCUGUUUCGGAUAAGACAUGAUAUCGGUCAGGAAUCAAGAUAUCUUUGCCGUUUACUUGUAUAAAAAGAAGUAUUGCAGGCAAUGUGAACUUUGGUGUGACAUUAUUCAUGCACUCAAGAUAAAUUAAUUUAGUAAUCAAGAGCAUAAGCAGAUCUUUUUUUAAUACCUCCAAUUAUUUUGCUUAUAGUUGUAGAGGUAAGAAAGUUUUCACUCGGUGAUCUCAUGAUCAUCAGUUGUAAUUUUGGACAUAUUUUCAUUCGUCCUUCACCUAUGAGCCCUCAGAACAUGUUGGAAGGUCUUUUUUGGUAGUCCUUAUGUUUCUACAAUAUAUAUGGUGAACUUUCUGUCAUUAUAGGAAAAGGAUAACUUUGGAGAACCAGUAAGAAAAAACUUAUGCAGACAACAAUUUCCAGAGUUAUUCUUUCAUUUGAUUGGAUUCCAAGUAUUGUGUUCGUUUAUGUUGAGUUUCUCAUCUACAUCAGACGUUUCAUAGGUUGCUGGACUACUGGCAAUGUUGGCAUCAUUCUAUUUCUUAUCUCAAGGAUGGGCCACGAGAACGUACUCACCAUUUUGUAUCCUGCAGAGUAUAAUCUGUGCCAUAUCUUGGGUUCUUGUCGCCAUUGUUUUUAUCGUGUCAAGAAGCCUAACCUUACUGUUUUUCAUGUUGAAUGGACAAUUACUCCUUGGUUGAAGUUUUAUGCUUUAUGGGGUUAUGCAAGCUAUCUCUUCAGUGUGAACUUUCAGGAAACUGGUUUUUAGUCGUAUAUCGAUUCCAUAUGUUGCUAUCUGCAUGCUUACAAUGGCUUGGCCUUAAACUACCUUUUUAAGAUAGCAUUGGUCCUAUGCCAUUGGUUCAAACGACGGAUACUUUAGGAAUUAGGGAAAUGGCUUUUCCUAUAUCUGCUGGGAUCUUGUCUGCAUUAAGAAGGGUGAUGGCACGACGUUUAUCACUCAAGGUAAUGCUCCUUUCUGCCAAUCGUUUUAUACAAAAUCAACAGCUUAGGUGUACUCAAUUGAUCACAAUUAUUUGAUCCUUUCAGAGCCAAUUGAAAAGGCGACUGCAUGCAAUAACCAUAGCUUCUGCUACAUGCUUUCUAUUCCCUUUUGCAAUGUGGGAUUCAAUUUUGGUGAGUUUAAUCUCAUAAAUAUUCUCUUAAGAAAUAUAUGUAGGCAGCUCUAGAGUCUUUGCUAACAAAUUAACUGAUGUCGUUUAUCAAGUCUCUGUGAUGGUCUUAUUUUUAUUUAAUCAACUUCAGGGUUCUUUUGAUAGCAUCAUGAAGUCACCGUUUCCAACUUGGGCAUACCUGAGCACUGUUGUCUUUGGAAUUGUUCUCAUUUUCUACAUUGAUAAUCUUGCCGAGGAGAGGUAUGCCUGUUGGAUUCUCUCGUCAAAUAUCUUUUUUAUCCGCUUGCCCUGUUUUUGGUCCCUGUGUUUGUGUGACUGUGACUGAGGGACUUAUCAAAAUUCGCUUACACUCCUGGAUAAUUUGUUUGGCCUUUAGCAUUGUAACUUUCCCUCUUAGUAUAUCUGGCCGGAUGCUUUUGUCUUGCACAUAUUAGUUACUGAGUUAACCCUUUAUUAAUAUUUUAAAUGUCUGUUACUCUAUUGUUAGCUCAAGCUAAGACCUCUGGCUCUUACUUGAGACCUUAAUGGUCUUUACUUAUUUUCGAAAGUAUACCACGUAGAAAAGGAACUUUGUUCUCUUUACCUGAUCAACAUGAAAACUACCAUUCAAAUUACUACUCGGAGGACAAAAAGAAUGUGAUGAUGAUUUUAGUUUUCUUUCUUAGAAUGAGUGGCUUUAUGAAGCUUCACAUUUACAGGUUUUAUUUGGCUUUCAACACUUUCAAAAAUUUGGUGGUCUAUGACUGUGAUUCAGAGACCUCCGUUAUGGAAAAACUAUGCUUGUCAGUGCUUGGCAGAGUUUUUUUGGUUACUCCACCACAUGCACACGAAGUAUUAAAGUUGUUCUCCGAUAUCGUUUUUUGUCCCUUCUUUUUAUUUGUUUAACAAUGAACUGGAGUUCCCAAUAGUGGAAGUACACUUGUUUGAAUGUUGCAAUUCUUAGAGUAACGUGAUUGGUAAUAGUAUAGCUGUUCAUUUUAUAAGUUAUCUAUCAUAUUGGAGAACAUUCGUCCGUUGGGUUCUUAGAUUUAUUGAAGAUUUGGAGAUACCCUAAGAGAUAUGAACUAUUUGAUGACUAAAUAUUGGAUCCCAGAAGGUUUGCCCCAUGUUUCUUUGUCUAAAUUUAGUAAAUAUGAGAGCUAGCUGCAGAUGUGAAUGCUUCUUCUGCCCUUCGAUGUAAAAAGUACCUUGUAGUGUAGAAGGGAGCCGUGCUUUCUCUUGUGGCAGAAGGUAAUGCGCACUGAAGGAAGAUCUUACGCACCCUAAUAGUCAACUGGCUGCUCGCAAUCUGUUUUCUUUACCCUUUAUGUCAUUGAAAGUUUCUUCCUUUGCUACUUUUAUUGAACCUGAUUCCGAGAGUUGCAAUAGUUGGAAGUUUUAUCUUCUCCUGCGGCUUCCCUUUCUUUCUCCCUUCCACCUUUGUUGCCUGCACUUUGUGGAUACGUUCCGUUGAGUAGAGACUGCCUCGAUGGGAACCACUGCACCCUAUCCACUUCCUGAAUAUCUUCCACCAGUAUACUACUGUAGGCGUCUCUUAUUGCUUUUCUUGUUUCGCUGUAGCAACUCGUGUACGCAGAUACAUACAUGCUAACGAGAGGGAGAGAGAUGGGUUUGUCCAUUUCAAUGUUCUAUGCCGACUCAAAUAUAUCAGAUUUACUGUGAUGUCAAUGCUUGAUAAGGAUUGGGUACCGAUUUUUUGUUUUGGCUUUUUCCAGCCACCCAACUCGAAUGCCUGGAGUGUGACAUCUUCAGAAAAGCUUUCCAUCCUUUCCUAGUUCAAUCCAACUUCUAUGGAUCUAUUUUCUGCUACAUUAGGGGGAAAUCACUGGCUAGGCAACAGCGGUCCGGUCAAUGUAGCAUUAAUUAAUAAGAAGUCAUCGGGAAAAUCCUUUGGGUAGCCACGUGAGGGGCAUCAAAGUUUCGAUUUGCUCCAAGUUGAUGUGAUUCCCAUAAUGUAGUCAGAGAUAUAUAUUUUAUAAUUUUUUAUUUUUUAUUGAAGCGAACAUAAGUUUACAUUCAAAGUUUGUGGAAAAAGUGUCCAUUUUAAAGUGCCGUCAAUUUGAUUUCUGUUGUAGGCCCCAUCUUCCUUUGCUUGUAAUUUGGCUUUUUUGAUCUGUGUAUUGUGCUGUAUCGAGUUUGAUUAAUACUAUACAGAUUGUAAUGACUGUAUGGACCUAUGUAUAAUCACUAAAUGGACAUGAAAGGUUGUUGUGGAUUGCAUCCAUCUGCAGGUUGCAUCUUGUUUUCUCUUCUCCGAGGCAUUUAAUCGGAGCUGGAGGAUGCAUUAUUCUUAUGGAGGUUGCAUACAAAAUGGAUUUUUCGCUUGUUGGCUUUCUGAUUUGCUCCCUAAUUUUAGGGCUGGGUAUGACUUCAGAUCUUCUAAAGUUGUUUUUAUGAAGUAGCUUUUAAUGUACAAUUAUGGCUGCUUCUUGUAAUCUGCCUUGGAAAUAUGCUGUAUAUUUGCAAUGUUGAAUUGCCCCUGGUUUCAUCACAUUAAUUAUGUUAGUUUUUACGAUUGCCAAGGGGAACUGGUAGAUUGUCACCUUCAGAGGGUGCUGUAUGCUCUAUGGUUUCUGUACUUAUAAAUUUUAUUGUAAAUGCAGUUUCUGGUCUGACAAAUAGAGAAUAAAUUCAUAUAUAAAUUCAUAAAUAGAUAAAUAAAUAAAUAAAUAAAGGCCUAAUAAAACCUUGUUUGGGAGACUGCAACUUGUGCAACUAUAGGUCUUUUAAUGCAACUUGUGCCUUUUCUAGUGAUAAUGCUUGUCUAUUGAAGUUGAGGUUAGUGUAAGGCUCUUUUGACUUGCGUUUUUCAAGUGCCAACUGACUAGGAGAAGUAUCCUCAGCACGCGUAAAACGUCGUGUAUAAUGGCAUUGUUCCGUCUCUUGAAUCACGUCUAUGACCAUUUUAUAUAUUUACUGAUGUAUGCUCAUUCAUUAUUUGUACUCUUUCUGUAUGUUAAUCCAUUGAUGAAAUUAUAGGUGUUUUUGAAGCAACAUCCUUGGAACGUUUUAGGAAAUCACCUCUUCCAAAUGACCUGUCAGAGGCGGCUUUCCAGUAUCAACAACAGACGUCACCUCUUCCAACUUGA